UUUUAGCUAAAAUUCCCCUAAAAAACUGCUUAAAUACAGCAACUAAAUCAACAACAACAACAAAAGCAAAAAUAAUCAAAAAUAAUAGUAAAAUUUAUAAGACAAGUUCCUGUAUCGGCGUCGCCACGGAUUUCUCAAUAGCAGCGAUAAUGGCAAGAGGCGGAAAUGCCUCCAGCCGUGAACCAUCGGAAAGGAGUUUGAGUCCCUUGUCACUCGAACGAUUUCCCGAUGCCGACGACGAGGGCGAUGUCGAUGUAGUCGAUUGCAGUGAUACCGAAUCAGCCUCCGCCAUACGUCUCACACGAUACAAUCCCCAACAGCAUCCUCAUCAUGGUCACAAAAGUUUAUACAAGCAUAGAAUUAAUCACAGUAACGACAGUGGCAAUUGCAGCAGUAGUAAUCACAAUAAUAAUAGUUCAAGUAGUAGCAGGGGGAGAGCUUCGCCACAGAGUCCCAGCAAUACCGAAGACGAUCGUUUAUCCCCAGAGCCAGCGAAGGUAAAACGAAAACCAUCUCCGAAAAUUGUGGGUUCCUGUAAUUGUGAUGACUUGCAGCCGAUACAGUGUCAUUUGGAGACCAAAGAAUUGUGGGAUAAAUUUCAUGAACUGGGCACAGAGAUGAUAAUUACGAAGACCGGAAGGCGGAUGUUUCCAACGGUGCGCGUUAGUUUUUCAGGUCCUUUGAGGCACAUGCAACCACCAGAUCGUUAUGCAGUUUUAAUUGACAUCAUACCCAUGGAUUCGAGACGUUAUCGUUAUGCCUACCAUCGCAGCUCGUGGCUAGUGGCCGGCAAGGCUGAUCCACCACCGCCAGCUAGACUUUAUGCCCAUCCCGAUAGUCCCAUUAGUGUGGAUGCAUUGAGAAAACAAGUGGUUUCAUUUGAGAAGGUUAAGCUGACCAAUAAUGAAAUGGAUAAAAGUGGACAGAUUGUUUUAAACUCCAUGCAUCGCUAUCAGCCACGUAUACAUUUGGUGCGCUUGUGUCAUGGUCAGAGUAUACCAAAUACCCCCAAGGAUUUACAGGAAAUGGAUCAUAAAACUUUUGUAUUUCCAGAGACUGUUUUCACGGCUGUAACGGCAUAUCAAAAUCAAUUGAUUACCAAAUUGAAAAUCGAUUCAAAUCCGUUUGCCAAAGGUUUCCGUGAUUCAUCACGUUUGACUGAUUUUGAUAGAGAUCCCAUGGAUUCUUACUUAUUUGAACAACACUUACGCUCUCCCUUGAGAUUUUUCCCCGAUCCUCUGAUGCAACAACUAUCACCUCAAGAAGCUGAUGCCGCCUCCUUGGCCUUCAUAGAAAAAGCCCGACAACAUUUGCAAAUGUUUGGUCGUUCACCAUAUACAGAAAUGCUAUUACCUCAUCUCUAUCAAAGACCACCAUCGGCUGCAGCUAUAAAUGCCUUCAAUAUCGGUAUGUGGCAACAGCAGUGGCCACAACUUACAGCCGGGUUCUUAGCGAACCAUCAGGCAGCUGCUGCCCAAGCAGCGGCCAAUGCUGCAGCCGCAGCAGCUGCGGCUUCUCGGACACCACCACCGCCGGGUCCCCCACCACCAGCAACAACACCCUCGUCAUCGGGUUCUGCUUCACCGGACUUGAGGACAAAACAUUUUCAUCGUUUUAGUCCCUAUCCGGUCCAACAACAUCAGCAGCAGCAACAGCCACCUCCUCCCUCCCAAAGUCCCACAAAUUGAUAGAAUUCCUAAAGAAAUGAUUCAAAUACCCCAAAAAAAAUUCCCCAAUUUCCCUUCAAAAAAAGUGCAAUCGUAUUAAAAAAUGUUUAAUUUUAUUUUAAUAUUUUUCCAAAAGAAAAUCUAAACAAAUUUUAUUUAUUAUAAACUAAACAAAACAAACCCACUAGCACAGUAUUAGUAAAUAGUUAAAAACAAAACAAAAAAUGUUUGUGAUGUAAAAAACAAAAUCAAAUAAAUUUAAACAAAAAAUUAAUAAUAAUUAUGUAAAUACAACAAAAACAAAAUUAAAAAAAAAAAUUCCGUAAUUAUAAAUUAAUCGAAACAUUCUAACUGUAAUCUGGCUUUAGUUUACAACCGAAGAGACAGACAAAAAAGUGUAAAAAUUGUUAAUUGGCUUUUUUCUCCUAAUUUGAAUAUUAUUAUUUUAAUUUUUUAUCUAUAUUUAUAAUUGAAAUUGUAACUGGAAUGAAUGAAUGAAUGUAAAAUAGAUUGUUCCUAAUGUAAAACAACAAUAAUAUUAAUGGCAAAAUAAAACUUUAGUUAACUAAAUAAAUAAAUGUUUAAAAUCAACCAACUUUAAGUUAAAUGUAACAGAAAAUAAUGUAAAGGCAAACAAUUAUAUUUAUAAUAAAAUAAAUCUAAUAAAAGUUUCGUUAAUGAACGCAUUAACGCGGCUUUUAUUGUAUUUAAAUAAUAUUUAUGUUUUGUAACAAUAAUAAAAUAAAUACUUUAUUAGACUUAUGUUAAAAAAAGGAAAAUAUUUAAAUAAUAAUUACAUACAAUUAUUUAGUAAUUUUAGCUUCAAGUGAUGAAUAAAAUUAUAUAAAAAUAUUUAAAACAAACAAA